AUGCAGACUGUGUUUGACCGCAUAUCCUUCAGACCGACAGUCAACCUGAGCAAUCCCACCAUAGCAAACAUCUCCUUCACCCUGUAUGCUGUCCUGGGCGUGAAUGAGAAGACCCAGAUCCUCACUACCUUCCUGUGGAUGAGAUUGUACUGGCACCAUCAGUUCCUGGUUUGGGACGCUGAUGAUUGUGGCGGAGUCACCAGGAUUUCUCUGCCAGUCAAAGAGCUCUGGGUGCCUGACAUCAUCGUGUAUGAGUUUGUGGAUGACGACGUGUCACAGCAAUGCCCCUACGUCUACGUCAACCACACAGGCCACAUCCGCUGGGACAGGAUGCUGCGCCUCGUCAGCGCCUGCAACCUGGAAAUCUUCAGCUUCCCCUUCGAUGUGCAGAACUGCUCGUUUACCUUCGGCUCCUACAUGCACACCAUAAAGGAUGUGCGGUUGAGUCCAGCCCUGUCAUUUGAAGAGAUGUCGGGGAACUCGAAACAGUACCUGGAGGCUAGUGGGGAGUGGGAGCUGGUCAACAUCUACGGAGAGGCGUCUGUCCUCAAGUUUGGCAUCGACGAAUGGGACAUCAUCACUUUCUGGGUGGUAAUAAAGCGCAGGCCAGUGCUCUACGUGGUCAACCUGCUCAUCCCCAGUUCCUUCCUCAUGCUCAUCGACAUCCUCUCCUUCUACCUGCCUCCUCACAGCGUGGACCGCGCCUCCUUCAAGAUGACCCUUAUUUUGGGCUACACCGUGUUCCUGCUCAUCAUGAACGACCUGCUGCCCAGCACGGCCAACGGCACCCCCCUCAUAGGAAUUUACUUUUCAGUGUGUCUGGCUCUCAUGGUCAUCAGCCUGUUGGAGACAGUCGUCAUCACUAACGUGCUCCAUUCCAACUCCAAGAAGUACCACGAGGUGCCCCACUGGGUCCGUGUGGUCAUCCUGAAGCACAUCGCCCAUAUGAUCUGCUAUCAGUGGCCCGAGGAGCUUGUUCAACCCUCAGCCUCCAGAGGAUCCACCCAGGAUGACAAGGCAGACAGACCAAACCCCACAAGCCCUCCCUGGGUCCUUGCACCAGCCACCCCUGUGCACAUCCCUGCCCAGCACACUACAAGCACCAUUGGUCCUGGGGGCGUGUCCUCUGUGCCUGAGCUGCGUCAGAUCUGCCAGGACCUGAGUGACUUGCGUGCCCACCUAACGUCGAUGCAGAAGGAGGGUGUGCUGCAGGAGCAGUGGUGCCACGUAGGCUACGUACUGGACUUCCUGCUCUUCCGUAUCUACCUCCUCCUCAUCUCCUGCUACGCCACGGUCAUUAUCUGUAUGUGGUGCAUCUGGAUCAACCAAUGAGAGACUUGGAGAGACCGAAAGGGUGUAUUAGUUUUAGCUUGCCCAUUCCAUUGGUCCGAAGAUCACCUCGUGCAGUGGGCAGGCUAAAACAAAUGCACCCAGAGA